UUUUUUUCUUCCGCCGACCGACAAACUUCUCGUGACCAGCAACAGACAAACAUCCAAAACAGACAUAUCGACACCUACAAAUACACUACGUAUCCAGCUAGGGCCACCACUUUGAAUAUACUGGAACUGGCACCACACCGACAACAAUUCGCCUCAACUUCGGAAUCGAUCAAGAAACCCUCAAACACCAAGACCGCUACAUCGGUACCCAACUCUCGGAAGAAAUCUCCCAAAGAAAGACUUAAAGAGAAGGACAUCACACAAAAUGCCCGCACCACCCCAACACAUGCAAGUCGAAGACGAGGUCAUCAUCGACCGCGGCGAACUCGUCGAGGGCAACGACGACGAGAAGGAUCGCGAGAGGAUCCGAGUUCUAGCAGGAUCCACCGAGAACGCGGCAUCCUUCCAAUUCGACGGCGAGGAUCACACGCUGGGGAACGCGCUGCGUUACGUGAUUAUGAAAAACCCUGACGUUGAGUUUUGCGGUUACUCUAUUCCGCAUCCUUCUGAAAAUAAGAUGAAUCUGAGAAUUCAGACAUAUGACAACGUGAACGUGUAUACUGUUCUGGAGAAGGGCCUAGGCGAUCUGAUGGACAUGUGUGACGUGGUUUCGGAGAAGUUUGUCAUUGCAAGGGACGAAUUUUAUGCCGGACGUAGUGCUGGUGAGGAUGGUGAUAGGAUGGAGGAGUAG